GUCAAAUUCGAACCACUCGCCGAGAAGGAUCAUGCUCGCGCGCACGUGGCGGCGCCUGCGUCUGACGUCGGUGCCCAAGCUGUUUGCCGACUCGAGGAGCAGUGCGACGCCCGAGACGGAGCCCUUUACCGGCUUUGAGCUCGUCUUCCUGGGCACGGGCGCCGGUGCGCCGUCCAUCGAGCGCAAUGCGAGCGGCCUCGUGCUGCAGCUCCACGGCGCGGCGUGGCUCUUUGACUGCGGCGAGGGCUCGCAAAAGCAAAUGUUCCAGAGCAACGUGCGCGCAACGGCCAUAGAGCGCAUCUUCUUGACACAUUUGCAUGGCGACCACAUUUACGGCCUCCCGGGCCUCGUGUGCACCCUCAACUCGCUCUGCGGCCCCGACAUCGACCGCGAGACGAAGCUGCCGACGCCCAAAGUGCUUUCGAUCUAUGGCCCCCGUGGCGUCUUUGCGUUUCUCAACACGGCGCUCAACGUCAGCCGCGCCAACAUGACCAACAUCCGCAUCGCCGUGCAUGAGCUCGUGCCCUUAUGCGACGCACGGACCAUCAAGCGCGAGCGCGGACCGAUCCACGAGUGCCUACAGCACCACUUGAUCCACCCGGAUACGAGCGGCGACACGCCCGUCUGGCCCAUCCUCGACGACGCCAACUACCGCGUCCGUGCUGGGUUUCUUCAGCACACGGUGCCCUGCUUUGGCUACGUCGUCGAAGAGCAGACGCGGCCAGGACACAUCAACGCCGCCCUUGCAAAAGCCCGCGGUCUCCCGCCCGGCCCGCUGUACAAGCAGCUCAAGGAAGGUCGGGCCGUGCCUCUGCCCGACGGCUCGCUCCUCGAGCCAACAGACGUCAUGACGCCGCCGAUUCGCGGUCGCAAAGCGGCCAUAUUGGGCGACUCGAGCGACUCGCUCGCCAUGACGGAGCUCGCGCGCAACGCCGACGUCUUGGUGCACGAGUCAACGCUGCCGCACAGCAUGCUCGCGCAGGCCGUGCCCCGGGGCCACUCGACGAGCUCGAUGGCCGGCGCGUUUGCUCGAUUGAGCAACGCGACGCUGCUCGUGCUCACCCAUUUCAGCAGCCGAUUUAGCUACUCGCGCGCGAGCGCACGCUCCGUGCAGUCGCUCGUCGACGAAGCCCGCGCCGCGUCCGGGCGCAUGGCGGUCGUCGACGCCAGUGACUUUUUGCGCGUGCGCAUUCCGCGCCACGACCCGCGCGCCAAGUAAAAACAAAAUCAAGUCGUAAGUCUUUGAAAAGCAG